AUCGGAACAGAUAGGAUUGGUACCUCAUCCAAGAUGGCAAACGUGUUUAAUAUUUCAGUAAUAAGUUUGGUUGCUGUUUUUAAUAUAGUUCUAGGACAUCCUGGUGUUCUGAACAGAGUUGCCAGAUCGCCACAUUAUGGUGGUUUCGGAUCAGUCCCGCCACCACCUCCACCACCACCUCCACCAUUCCCAAUAUUCCGGACGCAAAAUUGGAGUGGGAUAUCCCGGGGGUCUGAUAGCUUACCGCAAGGAGUGUACAGUGGAGCAGCCGCUGUCGCUUCUGGCGCACCAUCUGUAGGCGCUGUAUCCUUGGCUUCAUCGUCAGAUAACAGAGGAGACUGCGAUGAACAAGAAGCUUCACGAGCCCAAUCAGGCUUCGGAGGAAGUAAAACUGAUGGACAUUUUGGUGGUUCUGGUAAUGGUGGCUCCAGCGGAGGACAUUUCAGCUCAAAGAGUUUUAAGGAGUCACAUUUCGCAGUACAAGGAGGUGAAAGCCAUGGCAAUGGACAAGGACUAGGAUUCUCAGGUCAAGAUAGGUUGGGUGCCAGUAGUCAAGCUCAGGCUGGAGCAUAUGGCAAUUAUAGAAAUGUACACGGUGCCUCAUCAAACUUAGGAGAUCAAAAUGAUCAACAACAAUAUAGCAGCGGUGGUUUUGGACAAAGUCAGGAAGAAGGUCAAGAGCAAAUUAAUGUACCACCAGCAGCCUCACAAUCUUCGUCGUUUGCUAGUAGCCAGAGUAAUACAGGUGGGUUCAAUAGUGGACAUACCGGAAUCGGGUCUGGGUAUGGAAGUCAACGAGGGUUUGGAUCUUCAGGACAUUCUGCUGGCGGACAAAAUGGAAAUUUUGGAUACCAUCAAAGCCAUGAAUUUGGGCGUGGUUUUAGUGGUAGUGAGAAAAAUGAGAAGAGUUCUAGAUAUGAGUCAGACUUUGGUAGUGAACAACAACAACAAUCAAGAUCAGAACUGGCCAAUACAUCUGGGUCGGGUUCUAACCAGAAAGAAGACAUAUCGUCUACUGUAGGUGGAGCUUUAAAUCUGGCAUCCCAAGGAUUAAAAGCCCAAGACACAGGCUGCAGUACUUGUGGUGGUAAGAAUGGUUACGCGUUGAGCAAUGCUAAGAGUCACAGUGGAUCUGCAGUAGCUGUUUCAAUCGGAGGCUAGGGCAAACCUUGCGGUUUUUCGUUGGACAAUUAAUAUAAUAUGUUAAAUUAUAAAUUGAUACAGUUUUUCUUUCGUCAAUACUAUGUAAAAAAUAAACGACGUUAAUACAUGUACUUAUUUAUGUUUGUUAAACAAUAAACUUUUUACAAACCAA